AUCAGAUACCAGGAUGCGCCGUAAACAGGAACAGCUCAUAUUGGCGGCUAUAUAAUUUAAUAAGCAGUUAGGUUUAUUAUUAUUAUCAUCACAUAUGCACAAUAUCGACAGUUUACUUCAUCGGACAUCUGAGUGUCUGGCGGAAUGAAGGGAUUGUACUUGGUGGAGCCGGUGGUGGCUGUGUACGCCUUUGGCAGUUUUAUGGUUUAUCCUCUGGUGCAGCAGUAUGUGUACCGCCGUCUGUGGCAGCAGAUCACCAACACCUCGUACCCUGUGAUAGACACUUCCUCCCAGUGCGGCACGAACAGCAGCAACCAUUCCAGCCAAUAUAAUGAAGUGCAAAAAGCGGCCUCGCUGUUCUCCAUGUACUCAGAACUUUUCUCCGUGAUCCCCAGUCUCCUGAUGACCCUUGUCCUGGUGGCUUAUAGUGAUCAGCGUGGACGUAAAAUCACCAUCAUUCUCCCUCUCAUAGGCUCUCUGGUCUACUGCUUGUGCUUCCUAGCAGUGUCCAUCUUUGAGCUUAACCUCUACCUGUUAAUCGUAGCAUCCAUAGUCAGCUCCUUCUUCGGCGGUAUAGGCACUAUGCUUGGUGGCUGCUUCUCCUACGUGGCUGAUUUGUCUGAAGAUGGAAAGCAGAAGAUGCUACGUAUGGCCGGGCUGGACAUGAUGCUCGGGCUUCUAUCUGGCGUGGCCUUAAUCUCCACUGGCUACUUUUUACAUGCCACAGGAUUUAACUGGCCCUUUCUCACUGCUGCCAUGUUCCAUGUGCUCAAUCUGCUAUAUGCAGUCUUUAUUCUGGAGGAGAGCAGGGUGAUUGACAGUGUGGCCAAUGCUGAAAUUAACACUCAUAAAUUGAAGAAGCUUGCACUUGGGAUCUAUAGCCUCUUUGCUCAAGGAAGCAGGAGAAAGAACUGCCUGCUUGCACUCUUGAUUAUCAUCUUCAGUUCAUUCAGCUUUGCGUACUUUGGAGGCCUGAGUUUGGUCACGCUGUACGAGUUGAAUGAACCCCUGUGCUGGAAUGAGAUCCUCAUUGGCUAUGGUUCAGCUCUCUCCACAGCUGUGUUCGCCGUCAGCUUCCUUGGUGUGUACGUGCUGUCACGCUGCCUCUCUGAAACACCCAUCAUCUUCAUUGGGAUGUUAUCCGUUUUCACUGGCUUGGUUAUGAUGGCCUUCGUCAAGACCACACUUUUGAUGUUUCUUGUGAGGAUUCCCAUGCUCCUGGGUAUCAUGCCGUUCCCUGUCAUGCGGUCCAUGAUGUCGAAGGUAGUCUCGAAGAGUGAGCAGGGUGCACUCUUUGCAUGUGUGACUGCCAUUGAUAACCUGACAACUACAGUGGCAACCGCAGUAUUCAACAGCAUCUAUGCCGCCACAGUGUCCUGGUUUUCCGGCUUUGCCUUCAUCCUGGCUGGUGGAUUCUGCCUCAUUCCCAUGAGUCUGCUGGGCAUUCUUCGAUUCUUGGGGCUGGAAAAUUCUACUGAAACUGAGAGUCUUUUGCCAGAAGAGGAAACUCAAGAAACGGACAACGCACCUGUUGCCUAAAAAAAGGGAAGAUGCCUCUCACCAGUUUGUCUGUGUGCCAUGAGACAACUGUGUGUAUUCAGAGAUGUUACAUUUUGCACUUUAUAUAUUGCUAAAGCCAUGACUUUAGGAAUGUUGUGGUUAUAUGUGAAAAUGCUUAGUAAGGGUAUUAACAACAACAACAAAAAAAAAAAUGCUGACUAGAUCUAAAUAUACUUAGUAAGGGUACUCAAGGUCAUGUUGCACUUUACAUUUCUGGAGAAAUGUAUUUUCAGUUCUUUGCAAGCUAUGUUUGCAGAAGAAUUUUAUCCGUGAAAUCUUUGGAAAAUAUAUAAAAAUUAGAUUUUUAAUUUUUUUUUUUCACUUUUAUUUUUAUUUUAUUUUUUUUUCAAAUAAGAUAUUUUUUUUAAUAUUAAAAAAUAUUAUAUAUCGGCAGCAUUCUACAAGAGAAUGAAAUAAGACAUUAGCAAUAACCUGAUUAUCAUUAGAUUAUAUUUCUAAUUAGAUUUUUAGAAUAAGUUUUCAUGGUGUUCCAAGUUUUAGGAAGUGCCUUUAUAUAGUUAGGUUUGCUAUAAGGAAAUAUCAGAAGGACGUCAUUUCAUUAGAGUGUAAAAGGAUGGGGUGAAGUGUCCUGGUAUUGUCAAACCUUUCUGCUUUUUUAUUCUGUCUGAAAAGAAGCAGCUUUAAACUGCGCUGCUACUGAACACCUUUUUAAUCCUUGUUUGGUAAGAAGUGAAGUGUAAGUAUUUUAAGUGAGGUGAAGUCUAAAUGACAUGAGUUGCAAGUCAUGUCUGGAGUAUUUGGUGGUUAGUGCUUUAUAUUAAGCUGCGUGUUUCUGAUGUUUCCAACCACAUCCUGGCCUAUCUGUGUGUUUUUUUUUGACAGAUGGCUUGGCUGUGUCAAUAGGUCAAAAAUAGAGGUUCAGGUAGAACUGUCAAAUAAAUUAGAAGUCAAUAUUCUAUAUUCAAAUAUACAAAUAUUCAAUAUGAAAACCAUCUUAUGGGAUGUAAAUGAAUUGAAAGAUUUGAAAAAAAAAAGAAAGAAAAGAAAAACGUUUAAAUAGUUUGUUAUUCCACUAGGGGGCAGUAGAGCAAUAAACUCAGGACCAUAAACACAGCUUAUUAAACCUCUCAGUUGCUCAGCUAGGUGCAAUGUGCUAACAUUUAUUUCUAAAUACUAAACGAUUUGACACUAUAUAUAUAUAUAUAUAUAUAUAUAUAUAUAUAUAUAUAUACAUACAUCUAUCAGGCAUAACAUUAUGACCACUGAGCGGUGACGUGAAUAAUGGACAAGGGUAAGGAUUUGAGUGAGUUUGACGAAGGGCCAAAUUGUGAUGGCUAGACGACUGGAUCAGAGCAUCUCCAAAACUGCAGCUCUUGUGGGGUGUUCCCGGUCUGCAGUGGUCAGUAUCUAUCAAAAGUGGUCCAAGGAAGGAACAGUGGUGAACCGUCGACAGGGUCAUGGGCGGCCAAGGCUCAUUGAUGCACGUGGGGAGAGAAGGAUAGCCCGUGUGAUCCGAUCAGACGAGCUACUGUUGCUCAAAUCGCUGAAAAGGCUAAUGCUGGUUCUGAUAGAAAGGUGUCAGAAUACACAGUGCUUGACAGGUCAGGGCUGUUUUGGCAGCAAAAGGGGGACCAACACAAUAUUAGGCAGGUGGUCAUAAUGGGUGGUGGUGGCGGCUCAAGUGGUUAAGGCUCUGGGUUGUUGCCCGGAAGAUCGGGGGUUCACGCCCCAGCACCGCCAAUUGCCACUGUUAGGCCCUUGAGCAAGGCCCUUAACCCUCUCUGCUCCAGGGGUGCUGUAUCAUGGAUGACCCUGCGCUCGGACCCCAACCUCCAAGGCUGGGAUAUGCGAAGAAAGAAUUACACUGUGCUGUAAUGUAUAUGUGACAAAUAAAGGCUAUUUCUAUAAUGUUAUGCAUGAUCGGUGUAUGUAAAGGCAGAAAACUACAUAUAGGUGUGUAUAUAUAUGGGUUUUUUUCUCCUUUUUUUUUUUAACAUGCAUUCCAACUGUUUAU